CUGACGAUAUCAAGAAAUGUCUUUUCCUGCGUUUAUUAUCCCUUCACGAGCAAAACAUACAGCUACUGUUAUUUUUGCACAUGGUUUAGGAGAUUCUGGAGAAGGUUGGAAAUUUCUUGGGGAAAAAUUGGGUUCUUCUGGGUUAUUUUCUCAUGUAAAAUGGGUUUUUCCUAAUGCACCUAUAAGACCCGUAAUGUUGAACUUUGGGAUGAAGAUGCCAAGUUGGUACGAUGUUACGUCUUUGGAUGAGAUAGAUGAAGAAGAUGAAGAGAAUAUGUUAAAAAGUUGUAAAGAAAUACAAAGAUUGGUAAUGGAAGAGGUAAAAUUAGGAAUAAAAAGUGAACGGAUUGUUGUAGGAGGGUUUUCUCAGGGAUGUGUUAUUGGGCUUUUGUCUGGAUUAACAUGUGAAAAAAAAUUGGGAGGGAUUGUUGGAUUUUCAGGGUAUUUGCCUUUAAGGAAAAAGAUCCACUUGAUGCUUACGGAAUGUAAUUUAAAUAUACCAAUUUUUAUGGGCCAUGGAAAGAAUGAUCCUAUUGUUAAAUUUGAAUAUGGUCAAGAAAGUGCCAGAAUUUUAGCAGAACAAUUAAAAUUAAAUGUUAAUUGGAAGGCUUAUGAUGGAUUGCAACAUAGUGUAAAUGAACAUGAACUUAAGGAUUUUUCUGUAUGGCUUGGAAAUAUACUUAAAUAG